CCGAACGCAGCCCAGCGCUCGGCCCUCCUCGGGAUUGCGCGGCGCAUCUACUCGAGCGUCGCGCCCGGGCCCGCCAUGGCCGGGACCCUCGACUGGUCCGAGAAGCUGAAGGACCGGGCCAUCGCGCACGACGGCUCGGAGGUCUCUACGCCGAGCGAGAUCACGCUCGAGCAGAUCGAGGGCGGCCUGCCGCCUGCCGCGGACCUCGCCACGGGCUUCGUGCGGGCGGCGCUGCUGGACCCCUCCCUGGCCCUCCUGCCGCCGGCUCAGAGGCGCCCCGCGCCGACCUCGACGCGCGUCUGGGCGACGGCGCAGGAGUGGGAGCAGGUGGUGAGCGCCCUGUUUGCUCGCGGGAUGGUUGGCCCGAUCGACGAGGGCGAGAUCGCGACCAGAGACGGGGUCCCCUUGAUCAACGGGGCCUUCGGCGUGGCGAAGGUGCACGACGCGCCAGUCCGCCGCGGCGAUGGCGAGGAGCGGCCCGCCCUUCGGCUCAUCGUCAACCUGAUCCCCGCGAACGCGUGCCAGCGCGCCAUCGCGGGGGACACCCCCGUCACGCCGACGAUGGGGCAGCUGAACGGGCUGGCGCUGGCGUUCUUCUACGUCUUCAGGGCGCCCCCCGCCUGGUGGCCCUACACGGCGCUGGGACCGCCGGUGCCGCGGCGGCUGGUGGGCGGCAGCGUCGACGGGCUGACCCGCGUCGCGCUGAGGGUCAUCGGCAUGGGCUGGAUCAGCGCGGUCGGGGUCACGGCGCACCUCCACCGCAACAUGCUGAGGCGGUCGGCCCUGGUCCCCCGCGGACUGCCGCCUGCGGCCGAGGUGGUGCGCACCCGCCGCCUGCCUGCGGAGGCCCAGGCAGACGGCAUCGCGAUGUGCUUCAUCUACAUCGACAACAUCGAGAUCGCGGAGAUCGUGUCGAGUGAGGAGGCCGUCAAGCUGAAGGGGACCAUCCCCGAGCUGCUGAGCCGGGCGCCGGCCUGCUACGAGGGGGCUAAGUCUCCGGGAUCGCCGGGGAAGGAUGUCCACCGCGCCCAGCAGGUGUCCUCGCUGGGGGACCUCGUGGAUGGCGCGGCUGGCGUGCGGCGGCCGCCGCUGGGCUACGUCGCGGAGCUCGCGAGCCUGACGCUGUGGUUCCUGGCGAAGAAGCGCCCGAGCAGGUGCCUGGCGCAGAUCCUGCUGGGGCGCUGGGUUCGCGUGCAAUGCUACCGGAGGCCGCUCGCCGUCGCCUUCGUGAAUGCUUGGAAGUGGCUGGCGCCGGGCCGCUCGGGCGGGCUCGUCACGGUGGGCGUCGCCGAGGACCUGCUGAUGGCGGCCGCGCUCGCACCGCUCAGCGUGGCGGACGUGCGGCUGACCGUCGACCACCUCGUGACGGCGUCCGACGCCUCAGAGGCCGCGGGGGCGAUCGUCUACUCCCAGGUGCUGUCGGACAUGGGCCGCGCCCUUGGGGCGCGAGGCCCGCGGGCGCUCAACCCCGCCUGUGAGGAGGGCGUCGCGCUGAUCUCCGUCUUCUCUGGGAUCGACGGGGCGCGCCGGGCCUUCGAGAUCCUGGGCCUGGCCCCCGCGGCGCACUUGUCUUUCGAGGUUGACGCCGAGGCUGUGCGGGUGGCUCGACGAGCGUGCCCCAGCACCGUGCACCUGCGGGGCCAUGGCCGCAUCGCGAAGGUGAUCGUGAUCGGGGGCUUCCCGCGCCAGGGCUUCACGGUGCUGAACGUGGCCCGUGAGGGGAGCGCGGGCCCGAGGUCGCAGCUGGUGGGCCACAUGUGGAGGCUCAUCGAUGGGCUGAGGCGCGAGCUGCCCGAGGCCACGGUGGACUUCCUCGGGGAGAAAGUGGCGUCCAUGGCGGAGGACGAGGUCCUGGCCUUGAACAAGAUGUUCGGCCGGGUGCCGGUGUCCCUCGAAACCGCGGACCUGGGCUGGGCCCGCCGCCCGCGGCUGCAUUGGCUGUCGUGGGACCUGCUGCCCUCCUUCGAGAUGUCGGCCGAGAUGAAGGCGGCGGCGGAUGGCGCCCGGCCGCGGUCCUGCCGAGUGCGCCUGGUGACGGAGCUGCCGCCCGUCUCGGAGUGGCUGCCGCGCGGGGCCACCUGGCCCGGGGCCGCCGAGGACGGCCGCCUGCCGACCAUCGUGCGCUGGACGCCUCGGAGCUCGCCUCGGCCGCGGCCCGCGGGGCUCCGCCAGUGCACGCCGAAGGAGGUGGCGCGCUGGACAGCAGCUGGCUACGCAGCCCCGCCCUACCAGUUUCGGGACUGCUUCUGCUUGCAUUGGGCGGAUGGGCGGAAGGAGCCGCCGCGGGCAGUGGAGCGCGAGGUGUUGCUGGGGUUCAGGCGGGGCCACGCCGCGCCCUGCAUGAGCGGCUCCGCCGCCAAGAGCGACCCCGAGCGCUUCGAGGCCCUGCGGCGGUCGCUCGUGGGCAAUUCCUUCCAGUGCGAAGUCGUGGCCUGGCUGCUGAGCCACUGGGCGGUGCACCACGCGCUGCUGGUGGCGGUGACAUCCCUGCGGAGCCUCCGCGAGAGCUCGAGGAGCUGGUCGAUGGGCCGCAAGCUCUGGGCCGGCGACGUGGAGACGCUGCGGUGUGAGCGCGAGGCCGUGUGCGAGGAGAACCUGCACCUGCUGGAGGAGGCUGGCCGCGUGCCUGCGGCUGGUGAUGGGCAGCUGGCGCGCGCCGUCUACGUCGGCCGCGGGUCGCGCCGCUGGGGGCUCGCCCCCUCCAAGUGGGGGAACCCGUGCCCCGUGGUGCCAGGGCGGCCAGCCGGCGACGCCGCGGCGCUGUUCGCGGGCUGGUUGCGCUCCCAGCCCAAGCUCCUGGACCAGCUGGGAGAGCUGGAGGGAGCUCGGCUGCUCUGCCACUGCCCCUCGGGCCAGGCCUGCCACGCGGACGUCCUGCUGGCGGAGCUGGAGCAGCGCGGCAAGGGUUGCACGCGGCCCUUCCUCGAGCACCAGAGGGUGGUGGCCUCGCUGGUGAUGACGUGCCACCACUCGGGCGCUGACCUUCGAGUGGAUACUGAUGCAGAGACGCGUGGCAAGAUGUUCCCACGGCAAGAGAUCGAUGCUGGCAUUUGGAAGUGGAAGGUCGCACGCCAGCUCGUCUGGCAGGACCAAGCCAAGCACAUCAAUGUGUUAGAGUGCGAGGCUGCGUUGAUGGCCCUGCGCUGGCGGGCCCGCUCAGUCUCACGGCAGAUGUGCGUCUUCCUCCUCCUGCUCGACAGCAUGGUGAAUAUCGGUGCUCUUGCCAAGCGCCGAUCUUCGAGCCAGCAGCUCAACAAGGUAGUGCGCGCCUUUUCCAUCCUCCAGCUGGCGCUCGGAUCGCGGCUGUCUUUGCCUUCACCUCAUCGGCAAAGAACCCUGCGGAUGCGCCAUCCCGCUUGCCCAAUGGGUGGGCGCACUUCGCCAGAGGAGAGGCGCGCUACCCGAGCUGCUCUUGGCCGUCUGGCCGACGCGCGCGUGAACACUAGAACGCGCAACAAGUACCAGCGCGCAUGCCAGCAGUUUGUCGAGUUUUUGGGUGCUACGCAUCUCUCUUUGCCAGUCACGUGGGACGAAAUGGAUCUCUGCCUUCCAGAUUAUCUGGAGCAUCUCUGGAGCAUCGGUGCCUCGAAGGGACAGGCGAACGACGCAUUGCCAGGAGUGCAGCAUUUUCUGCGCUCGCGCCGCCAGUACCCUGGUGCUUGGCGCCUCCUCUCGGUGUGGUCACGCCUCGAGGUGCCGAGCCGAGCGCCUCCAAUGCCCGCUCGAGUCGCCGCCGCCAUGGCGGGCUGGGCGCUCGAGCAGAAUGAGUUCGCCCUGGCUGCCUGCAUUCUUGGAGGCUUCCACCUGUGCCUGAGAAAAGGUGAGAUCCUUGGGUUGAACCGGGCCCUGGUCCAGAUCGGCCCCCAGGGCCGCAGGGUCGUGAGUCUCCCCUGGACCAAAACAGCUGCCCAGAAAGGCGCCCGGGAGACCGUCGCCAUGGACGAUCCCUACAUCGGGGCCUGGGUGCACCGCGCACUGUUGCUGGACCCUGCCGGCAAACUUUGGAGCUGCGCGCUCCCGUCUUUUCACGCCGCAUUUAAGCGUGCUGCUGCUGGCGUGGGCUGUCGCCACGCCCGCCUCGCUCCGUACAGCCUGCGUCGAGACGGGGCCACGCACGAGUAUCUAUCGUCGAAGAAUCUUGAGCGUGUCAUGCUGUGUGGGCGAUGGAGCUUCAUCAG